AUGGCGACAGUUUCAGUACUUGUUUUCGCUGCUACGGUAUUGGCGCAGGGUACAAAGUACGGCGAAAACCAUGUCGUGACACAGUUCGACUCGCAAACUGUGGAGCAGAGGGCCUUCCCAGCACCUAAUGUAACGCUGUACAGCCCUGCGUUCGCGGCCAACGCUUCUUUUGCUCCUGGAUGGACCAAAGGUACUGAGGGCGCGACGAGCCAGAAAGACCUUGAUGCUUUCCUGCAGAGCUUUGCUCAGAAGAAUGCAGCUUGGGCGACCUAUGACAAUGCCGGCUUCUUGAGUGAAGAGGGUAAUUUCUUCCCAUAUGUCCGUCUCGCGAGCUCUUCAAACUCGUCGAGCAAAGUACGAGUCUGGAUCCAGGGAUCUGUGCACGGAAACGAGCCGGCCGGUGAUGAAGCUACACUCGCGCUGCUCGGUGCAAUGGAUGCAGACCCUACAUGGGCUGCUAGUUUCCUCGACAAGUUGGAGAUCCUCGUACUACCGCGUUACAACCCGGACGGUAACGCGUACUUCCAACGCACCUUGGCGACCAACUUCGACCCUAACCGCGAUCACACUAAGCUUGUGCGUCAGCAGACGCGUGACAUCAAGCAGUGGUUCAGUACCUUUGCUCCGCAUAUCGCUGUUGAUAUGCAUGAGUAUGGCGCACGCUCAAGGUACGCUGGGAACUACAGCAAUGCUGCGGAUGGCAUGUACAGCGCUGCGAAGAACUUGAAUAUCCACCCAGACAUUCGCGAGCUCGCCGAAACCGUCUUUGCGCCUGCGAUUGGUGCAUCUCUAGAAUCCAAGGGUCUACGUGGUGAGCCGUACGUUACUGCCGCACGGUCAGCGAAUCCCGUCCGUUUCGACGAAGCGGGCACUGAUGCGAAGAUCGGUCGUAAUGCCAUGGGCCUGACGCAAUCCGUCACGUUUUUGUUCGAGACUCGAGGCAUCGGCAUUGCCAACCAGUCUUUCAAGCGCCGCACCCUCGGAGGUCUUCAAAUGAUCCUUGGGGUAUUGGAGACAGCCCGGGAUCAGGCGGAGAACGUAUACAGCACGAUUGAAGGAGCGAUCAGUGAGGUCAUCGCAAGCCAAGAGCCCAUCGUCGUCACCGACUACACCACCUACUCGAACCGUACGUGGACCAUGGUCGACACGCGCAACGGCGAGGUCGUGCAGAUCCCCGUUGAGUUUAGCUCGACUACUCCAGCCACCGCCAACAGAACAGUAGCCAGACCUGAAGGCUACGUCAUCCCUCGCGCGUGGUUUGAUCUCGCUGAGCGCCUAAGGGUCUCUGGGCUCGAAGUCGAGACGCUGCAGGAGGGUUUCACGGGCGAAGUUGAAGUGUACAACAUCACCUCUUCGAGCCUCGCCCGCUCUUACUACGAAGGCGCCAUCUUGAACACCGUGACCACUGAUACGCUGACCCAACAGGUUUCGCUGCCGUCUGGUAGUUUCUUUGUGAGCAGCGCGCAAAAGAAUGCAGGACUGGCCUUUGUUGCGCUUGAGCCGGAGAACAUCGACUCGUAUGUCAGCUUCGGUAUUGUUCCACUGGAGGUUGGCGAUCUGUAUCCGGUAUUUAGGAAGUUGUAA